ACUUCCGGUCCAAGAGUUUGUAAACAAUGAAAGGCGAUAUGGAGUCGUCAAGAGGUCUUACCUAAAAAUAUUGCUCUGUACAGGCCAUAAUAAAUGCAUAUUAUAUGGCAUGCAUGUCGUGCACACCCGUAAGCAUUAAACCAACCGGGACGUAUCGGUUUUCAAGGAUUCCUGCUCUUUUAAACAUCUUUCUUGUGUGUGUGAAAAUCGGACCGCUGGCUAGCGACGCGUUUGUUUUUCUACAUAACGUUACUAGACAGACAUCAGACUCAACGGGCUGCGGAAACGACGGUCCCUAAACACCGCCGAAGACUGGCGAGUCUUUCAAAGGCCACCUAGACGUGAUUUUGGAGGGUUUGUCGUGUGGUGCAGGUUCGGUUCAGCUCAAUGGGGAACUGUCUGUCUUCUCAAGGCGCUGAUGAUCUGUCCCUGCUCAACGAGUCCGAGGGGGCGAGUCUGCCCGGAGAGCCUCCGCCACCCUACCAGGAGCGGGCGCAGGUGCCAGUGUACCAUCCCACACCCAGUCAGACGCGGCUGGCCACUCAGCUGACGGAGGAGGAGCAGGUCCGUAUCGCUCAGCGCAUCGGCCUCAUCCAACACCUGCCCCGAGGGAUCUUCGACCCGGGCUCGGAGCCGUCCGACAAGAAGAUCAAAGAGUGUGUGAUCUGCAUGAUGGACUUUGAGUACGGCGACCCGAUCCGGUUCCUGCCCUGCAUGCACAUCUAUCACGUGGACUGCAUUGACGCCUGGCUCAUGCGCUCCUUCACUUGCCCUUCCUGUAUGGAGCCCGUCGACGCUGCGCUGCUGUCUUCUUACGAGACAAACUGAGAGUGCCUGCGGAAAAACCGAGAGACGUGCCAAUGAGUCUGCCAAGAGCCCCGAAACGUUUGGGACAGUAGAUUGAACAAAUUAAGGUGGUUUGACUCUGUGUGUCUGUGUGUGUGUGUGUGUGUUCAGAGACGGUAAAAAUGUCCAGUGUUAAACUUAAAAGGCCCUGGAAGGAUGUUUAAAACCUCUCACUUGCAUGUCAAAGCGCUUUUCGAAUACAUAUACAUGUAAUUGAUGUAAAAGUGAAGUUUAGCAAGGUGGAAAACCAUAGAAGCAUCUCUAAUGAAGAUAGAGUAUUUCAAAAGCCAAUUCGUACAAUUAGUAAAUUAGGGUUGAAUUAAUAAACGAUAUACUUUUUUUUCUUUUCGUUCUAAUCAAAUUCAUGAAAUGUGCAAUAUAUGCGAGAGAGACUCAUGUCCUUCUGAUUGGCUGUGGAACCCGCCCACCGCCAAAAUUCCGCCAAUGAGAUCAUCCCUUUCUGAAUUUGACAAGUCUAGCGGGCAGAGUUUCAUUUCUGCAGGCUGUGAAUGUGCGUUUUACGGCUCACAAUUAGAAUGCUGAGAAAGCGAAUUUACAAGAAAACAUGUGCCGUGAUGAUAAUGUUGAAGCUUGUGAUGCACUACCACCUCAAACACCAGUUAGUGCAUCACAAGCUUCAACAUUAUCAUCACAUACUUUUUCUAUAAUUUUCUCGAUCACUAUGGAUGGGUGCAUCCACAUCUAAAUAGCUUAAUAAAUGCGUCACGUUAUGUCAUUUCGUGUUUAAUCGUAAUGGGGUUGGUGAUGAGGUUGUUUAGUGGUAGUUUUGCCUCGUCAGCUGCUGUUUUCCAGGUUCUGGGAUGUAAGUUGCUUUUUUACACUGGUUUUGGAUCAUCUUUCCCCUAAAUGCUUGUUUUUGGUGUUACAUGUUGGAUCCUGUUUGUCCCCACUUAGCUUUGCCUUGCCUUGUCUGUUUGGAUAGAACCGUGGCCACCGUCUUCAGUAGUUUUCUUUCUUUAUUUUGGAAGAGAAUAAUAAUGAUACAAUCGCCAAAU